AUGCAUCUAGGUACGAGUUCUAUCAUUGCUAUCGCGGAACUGGUGGUGUACAUACCAGCAAUCAUCUUGGCCUUUUUCGUUUGCGCUCGUCAUAGUUUCAGUCGCAGUUCUGGCUGGUAUUAUACAUUUACCCUAUGUCUUAUCCGGAUCGUAGGAGCUGUCUGUCAGCUCCUGACAUUGGCCGAUACCACUUCUGUCGGUCUUGUCAAAGCCGUCCUGGUCCUGAACCAUAUUGGGCUGACUCCUCUUCUGCUGUCAACUCUUGGAAUGCUAUCACGAAUAGUCGACUGGAUUAACGCACGAUCCUCCUCCCCACUGCUUUCAGUGACACACUUCCGCUUAGCGCAGCUCUUCGUUGUAUUGGGCGCAGUAUUCGGUAUUAUUGGUGCUGUGAAUAGCGGUAGCAGCAGUAACGGUAGCAACAAUAGCGACAUCGAUCCGAGUUCGCCUUCGGUAUGGAGCCAUGUCGCGGUCAUUUGCUACGUAGUCACAUAUGCUAUGUUGGUUUAUAUGAUAUUUAGGUCACUCCCAUUCGUACAAAUGAUCCCUCCGCAGGAGCGCAUCCUGGUGCCUGCCAUUGGUCUCGCGUUGCCUCUUGUCUUUGUCCGGCUAUUAUAUCAGGUUUUGAUUGUCUUUGUCCACCGAGGGACAUUUUCUCGUCUUAACGGACCCAUCUUGGUUCAGGUCUUGAUGUCCCUCGUUGUGGAGUUCUUGGUGGUUACCAUCUUCCUCCUUGUGGGGUUGAAGCUAGAUAGGCUCGAGGAAUCUGAACAAGGGCCAAUUCUCUCUCGACCGUGGAAGAACCGGGACAAGAGACGCCGCAAGCAUCGCCAGGGAGUCUAUAGUGAAAGUGCGGCUCCUAUAACUGGGGGCCAUGAAAUGGGCCCGGGGGCAUACAUGGGGAGAGGGGUAUAG